AUGCUAAAAAUCCUCAUUCCUACCCUUAUACUAGUACCAACAACUUGACUUACUCCUGCCAAAUGACUAUGACCAACAACCUUAACACACAGCCUUCUUAUUGCACUAGCAAGCCUUUCCUGACUAAACUAUUCUUCAGAAACAGGUUGAACGUCACUCAACCCCUACAUAGCAACAGACCCCCUCUCCACCCCUCUUCUGGUCCUAACCUGCUGACUCCUCCCACUAAUAAUUCUUGCCAGCCAAAACCACACAGCCCGAGAACCAAUUAGCCGCCAACGAAUAUAUAUUACUCUUCUAACAUCCUUACAAAUUUUCCUAAUUAUAGCCUUCAGUGCCACCGAAAUUAUUAUGUUUUAUGUUAUAUUUGAAGCUACCCUAAUCCCAACCCUAAUUCUUAUCACCCGGUGAGGAAAUCAGACUGAACGUCUCAACGCAGGCGUUUAUUUCCUAUUUUAUACCCUAGCAGGCUCACUACCCCUCCUCGUCGCCCUCCUAGUACUCCAAAACCACUCAGGCACACUAUCAUUACUAACCCUCCCAUAUACAUGUCCACUCCAACUCUCUAUAAACACCGACAAAUUAUGAUGAGUAGGCUGUCUCAUAGCAUUUUUAGUAAAAAUACCCCUGUAUGGAGUCCACUUAUGGCUUCCCAAAGCCCACGUAGAAGCCCCCGUUGCAGGCUCAAUAGUACUUGCUGCAGUACUUCUAAAACUGGGAGGAUACGGUAUAAUACGAAUAAUUUUAGUACUUGACCCCUUGACAAAAGAACUAGGUUACCCAUUCAUUAUCCUUGCACUCUGAGGGGUAAUUAUAACCGGCUCCAUCUGCCUCCGCCAAACUGACCUAAAAUCCCUAAUUGCCUACUCUUCAGUUAGCCAUAUGGGCCUGGUAAUUGGAGGAAUCCUCAUCCAAACGCCCUGAGGCUUCACCGGAGCACUAAUUCUUAUGAUCGCCCACGGACUUACAUCUUCAGCCCUUUUCUGUUUAGCCAACACCAACUAUGAGCGCACACAUUCUCGAACCAUGCUUUUAGCCCGGGGACUUCAAAUAGUAUUACCUCUAAUGACCGCUUGAUGAUUUAUUGCUAGCCUCGCAAACUUAGCCCUUCCCCCACUACCCAACCUUAUAGCAGAACUAAUAAUUAUCGUCUCACUAUUUAACUGAUCAUGAUGGACACUUAUCCUGACAGGAGCAGGAACCCUUAUUACCGCCAGCUAUUCCCUCUACAUAUUUCUAGUAACUCAACGAGGUCCACUUCCCUCUCACAUUAUUGCCCUAGCCCCCUCACACUCCCGAGAACAUUUACUUAUUGCACUACAUCUACUUCCACUAAUCCUAAUUAUCCUUAAACCAGAACUCAUCUGAGGAUGAGCCGGCU